AAAAAUGCACCAGUCCACGUCUAUCCCGCCCCCGCUAAAAUGCGCCUCUCCUCCGCCAGUCUUCUCUUUUCCGACCUGGAAUUUUCUCCGUUAAACAACCCGGCUAUAAAAUUCUCAAAAUUAAAAGAAUCAAAACAAAAAUCACGGCAUUACCACCGCAUCGCCGCCGAAUCUACCAUUUUCACCGCCGCCGUGGAUCUUCACCAUCACUCAAUCAAGACCUAUAUAUACAAGUCACGUGUAUUACCCCACAAAAGAAUUCGGUUCCUUAGAGAUUCUACGAAAGCUCAACACCUGUUGAAGCACGCAUAAGAGCCAAUCCAGCUGCAGUGAUCGCUUUUGGAUUGCAUCAUCGGUUCAUCACCGUCAGCAGCCAGAAAUAUCCAAUCAGAUUCCAAUUCGAGCGGUAUCAGAUUCCUCUCUCCUCUGUCAUUUAUCUAUCGAAUUUUUGAGAGAUGGCCAGUAUUUAAGGAACGAUGCGAAUUCCAAAGCGUUCAGUUACAUUUUGCCUCUCCGUGUUCUAUCCUCCUCCGGACUUUAUAUCUUCUUUUUCUCGGAACCUGCGCUUUCACUCCCACCAGUUCGCUAGCAGAGGCAACUCCAUUCGUUCUCUAGGCAGUAGUCAGCUGCAUACAAGUGCAAUGGGUGGUAUGGGCAUGGACGGCAAUAAAAUACAGCUUGAGAGAGAAAAUGCUUCUGAUGCUGGUCAGCUUUCCUGCACAUGGGCAUCUCCAGGAGGGUGCAAAAUUGACAUAGGAAAACAGAUAUUCUGCAAUAGAUCUUUGAACAUGAAAAAUAUAGUUGCUGUUGGGUUUGACAUGGAUUACACAUUGGCACAGUACAAACCUGAGACAUUUGAAGCUCUUGCAUAUGAAGGCACCAUAAAAAAACUGGUUAAUGAUUUGGGUUAUCCUCAAGAGCUGUUGCAAUGGUCCUUUGACCCGAGCUACAUGGUCAGAGGAUUAGUUCUUGACAAGAAGAGAGGGAAUAUAUUGAAGAUGGACAGACACAAAUAUGUGAAAGUUGCUUAUCAUGGAUUUAAGGAAAUGUCAAAAGAGGACAAAGUUGCAACUUAUGGAAAUACUUUGAUACGAGAUUCAUUUGAUGAACCUGACUAUGCCCUUAUUGAUACUCUUUUCUCCCUGGCCGAAGCAUACUUAUUUGCUCAACUAGUGGACUUCAAGGACAAAAAUCCUGGAAAAAUUCCUGAAGAGGCAGACUAUUCUCGUAUGUACAAGGAUGUUCGAGCAGCAGUAGAUUUGUGUCACCGUGAUGGGACCUUGAAGCAGGUUGUUGCCCAGGAUCCUAAGAGAUAUAUCACAGCGGAUACCUCAAUUGUUCCCAUGCUCAAAAUGCUGAGAGAAUCUGGGCGUGCUACUUUUUUGGUUACCAACAGUCUGUGGGACUACACAAAUGUUGUAAUGAAAUUUCUUUGUGGGACCAAGGCAUCAGAUGGUUGUUCUACUCUCAACUUUGAAUGGCUUCAAUACUUUGAUGUUGUCAUCACUGGCAGUGCAAAACCAGGUUUUUUCCAUGAUGAAAUUCGCGCUAAUCUUUUUGAGGUAGAACCUCAGACUGGAAUGCUGAUAAAUACUGAUAAUGGCUCACCUAUGCCUGAGGUAGGGAGCACUACCGUAAGAUUGCCAAUAAAGAGCUUCCAGGAAGGAUGCAGAAUUUUCCAGGGAGGGAAUGUUGGCCAUUUGCAUAGAUUGCUCAGCAUUGAAUCUAGUUCACAGGUUCUUUAUGUUGGAGAUCACAUUUAUGGAGAUAUUUUGCGUAGUAAAAAAGUUUUAGGUUGGAGAACAAUGCUUGUUGUUCCUGAGCUUGAAAAGGAGGUUGAACUUCUUUUAAAACAUAGGGAGACACGGAAGGAACUUCAGUCUCUAAGGAGUCAGCGCGAUCACAUAGAAGAUGAAAUACAUCAUCUAAAGUGGUCUCUCAAGUCUCAAGGUGGAAGUGAUGCAGGAAGGACAUCUACUGAGCUUCGUGAACUACAGUCUAAGAGAGAGCAGGUCAGGCUUAAGCAUCAGGAGACACAACGAGAAUGCCAUCAGAAGUUCCAUGAAGUAUGGGGACAACUAAUGAAGACUGGCUAUCAGAAUUCUCGCUUUGCACAUCAGGUUGAAAGGUUCGCAUGUCUUUACACAAGCCAGGUUACAAAUUUGAGCCUUUAUUCUCCGGACAAAUACUAUAGACCAAGUGAAGAUUUUAUGCCCCAUGAGUUUGAUAUCCUCUCUGUGUAAGAUGCAAGAGUUACCCCAAUCAAGACAGGACUGAUCUACCGUUUUGCUAAUAUUUGGUAUCAUUUUCCUUCUCUUACAUACCAAUUUGUUCAGAGUCAGUUGUAAAUUGGACCUCGUUUCCUGCGUCAGCUAUGUAAAGGAAUUCCUUAUGUUUUACUUGUGAAAUUGAAUCAUUGUCUUCC